AUGGGUCAAAAUUAUACAGAGAAUCCGAAACUCGUAAGCGAUGGAAUUACUGAUAUGUUUAAGAACCUUGAUAACCUAAUUACUGCUUUGGCUAAACAACAACUUGAUGAAGACGAGAAGAGCAAGACCAAGGCUGUUGCAAAACGUCAACAAAGAGAAGAAGAACGACCUACCAAUAAUGGUGAUGGUAACAAUCGUGGUACAAAUCCUCCACCUCCACCUCCACCUCCGCCUCCACCUGCCAGAGCUAGUGUCAUUAACCUCAAGUUUCCUUACUUUGACGGAGAGGAUCCUGAUGGUUGGAUUUUUAGCGCUGAUCAAUAUUUUUCGGUUCAUAUAGCUGAUGAUGCUCUAAAGAUUACUAUUACUGCUGAGAGUUUGAAAGGUGAUGCUAAUGUAUGGUAUCGUUGGAAACAAACCAAAGUUACGAUAGUUACAUGGGAAGAAUUUUGUUCUCAUGUUCGUGCUAGAUUUUCUCCUGCCAAAUUUGUUGAUUCUCGGCUAGCCAUUAGCACAAUCGAACAGAAAGGGUCAGUAGGAGAACAUAUUCCUGAAUUUGAGAGAUUGUUAAAUUUCGUUGAUUUUCCAGAGGAUUAUUUGAUUAGCUGCUUUAUUCGUUCAUUAAAACCUCACAUUGGUACUACGGUUAAACUAUUGUCACCAAAAACUUUAACUGAGGCUUUUACUAAAGCAAUCCAUCAAGAAGAAGCUUACGCAGCAGUUAAUAAGAUUGUUACACGACAACCUUAUCGUCCUCCUCAAUUCAGACUUGCGGCCACAGUUCAACCUACUCCAUACAAUAAAUCUUCUUUACCUCCUGGAGCUAGAAGAUUAUCUCCAGUUGAACAAAGAGAAAGACGAGCUCAAGGUGUUUGUUUUAACUGUGAUAAAUUAUCCACACCCAAUCAUAUCUGUGAAGAUCCAAGAUUAACUUUAUUGGAUGUUGAUGAAGUUGAACAUGAUUCUCCUACUGCACCAACUAAAGAAACUAUUAUUUUUGAUAAUAUUGAGAUAUCUGAAUCCGAGCCUAUGAUUUCUCUGAAUUCAUUAAUGGGAUCCCCUUUUCCUAGAAAAAUGAGGUUCAAUGGUUACACUAAAGCACAAUCCAUUACAGUGCUCAUAGAUUCCGGAUCCACCCAUAAUUUUCUUCACCCAUCUUUAGCUAAACGAUGUGACUACUUGAUUCAAUCCAAGAAUUCUCCACUUAGUGCGACAGUUGGUGAUGGUGGUACCUUAGAUACUCAAGGAGUCUGUCUUAGUGUUCCAAUUCUUCUGCAACAACAUAAUAUUUCAGUCGAUUUUCAUCUACUUGAUAUUAGUGGAUGUGAUGCAGUGUUAGGAGUUCAAUGGCUGCGAACUUUGGGACAAAUUAAAUGGGAUUUUGAAAAGUUGACUAUGCAGUUCCACAUUAAUGGCGCAACUAUUUCACUAAUUGGAGACAAUAACUCAUCAAUCAGCGUUAUGGAAGCAGAUUCAAUGAAGCAUUUAUUGUGCACCGCAAAUUGUGCAAUCUUUCUUCACAUAUCUGCCUUGAAUACGUCACUAAAUGCAGCUCAAAACCUAGCACAUGAUACAGAUCUAGCACCUGAAAUUUCAAACCUACUUUCACAGUUUGCUGACACUUUUCAAACCCCUACAUCUCUUCCACCAGAAAGAAUUCAUGAUCAUAAAAUACCAUUACUACCUGGUACUGCUCCUGUCAAUGUGCGACCUUAUAGAUAUCCUCAUUUUCAAAAGGAUGAGAUUGAGAAGAUAGUUUUUGAACUUCAGCAAGCCGGAUUUAUACGGCCAAGCUCAAGUCCUUACUCUUCUCUCAUUCUUAUGGUACGUAAAAAAGAUGGUUCUCGGCGUAUGUGUGUGGACUAUAGAGCUUUAAAAAAAAUCACUAUCAAAGAUCGUUUCCCUAUUCCAAUGGUUGAUGAGCCGAUAGAUGAAUUAUUCGGAGCCACUGUUUUUAUAAAAUUGGAUCUACGAUCAGGGUAUUAUCAAAUUCGACUUUGUGCACAAGAUAUUUCCAAAACUGCAUUCAGAACUCACGAUGGUCACUUUGAAUUCCUAGUUAUGCCUUUUGGAUUGGCGAAUGCUCCUGCUACAUUUCAGAGUUUGAUGAACCAUAUUUUCAGGCCACAUCUGCGAAGUUUUGCACAAUCCACGGUGGGUUAUCUUGGUCAUGUAAUUUCUGACAAAGGAGUCUCAGUGGAGAAUGACAAGAUCAAGUGCAUACUUUCAUGGCAAAUUCCAUAUACAAUAAAAGAAUUGAGAGGGUUUCUUGGAUUAGCUGGGUAUUAUCGUAAGUUCGUAAAAGAUUAUGGGAAAAUCAGUGCUCCAUUGACACAAUUGCUCAAAAAGGAUGCUUUUGUAUGGACUGAGAAGGCAACUACAGCAUUCCGAUCAUUGCAGCAAGCCCUCACUAUAACUCCAGUAUUACAGCUGCCAGAUUUCACAAAAGAAUUUAAUUUGGAAUGA